AUGGCUUCCAAAAUUCACAACGUGACAGAGUUUUCAUACGUUACUCUCAAGCAAGGCAUAAACGUCUUUGACGAAUCCGCCGCCGCCAAGACUUAUCAAAAUGUCAUCGACACAGCGCUAAGACAACCAGGUGCACGAAGAGUCUACACCAGUCUUGAGGUUGAAGACCCUUCCAAGUUGUGGUUGUUCUUGGACUGGGAUACUCUUGAGGAUCAUUUGAAUUAUCCCAAGAGCGCGAUGGGUAGUGCUGACUUGAUAAGUGAUCAUGCCCCUAUCAUAGAAUCUCUCCAACCUCUGGCCGAUUUUGAAAAUUCUAUGAACAAGCACGUCACCCUCAACCCCUUUCCCCCAGAGGACGUCCUCGAUAGCGCUAGUUCCCCGGUGACAGAGGUCCUCGUUGCUUUCUUUCCUUCAGACUACUCCAUCUCAGCUCGGGCCUCCGCAACACGUCGUCUGGAACAAUUCGCCGCUCAAGCUCUCAAGGCAUCACCAGACUGGCGGGGCAUUAGCUACGGCUGGAGUGUAGAGAACGAUGUGCCUAUCCGUGGUGAUGAGGGUAAUUCAGGUGCCAUGCUUGUUGCGUUUAUCGGAUGGCCGAGUCUGGAAGCUCAUCAGAAGUUUCGUGAGACGGAUGAUUUUAAGCAGAAUAUUGGUUUGUUGAGAGAGAUGGAGGGAUUGUUGAAGUUGAGUGCUUUUCAUGUCAAGUGUGUGAGUAAGGAGGCUGAGGGGUUGGAGGAGAGGGAUGCGAAGAAGGCUGCUGAGAAUGGGCACGGACAUGGACAUGAGCAUGGUUGUGGUUCUGGUGGAUGUUGUUGA